UGGCCCUUUCACCUUGGCGCUAUCCCGCCGUAUUCCCCCAAUGACCUCCGAAGUGGGUUGAACAUGCGCGGUUAGUCAGCCGCCCCAGAGUUACCGCCAUAUACCAGCCGACAUGGGCCUCCAGCUCGAGCCCAUCAGCCAGAGCCUGGAGCAGUACGGUCCAUGGCGCUUUGGGGAUAUUCGACAUCAAGAAGACCCGCGUGCCGAGCUCGAGGCGGCCUUGCUUCAGACAGCAGCGAUCCCGGGGCUCGCCGACACGCUGCGCGAGAUCUCUCAGGCAAGCAUAACUGACCGCACCGGCCCCGCUCGUGCGGAAGCGACGCGCCCGCUGCCGAAGGUGCCGAGGUCGGGCUCCUCUAGCCCGGGGUCUCCGGCUGCUCCUGCUCCGGCGGCCGGUCCCAGCAAGACUUCCCGCCCCCUCUUCCCGCGCACGCUGGACCCGUCACUGGCGUUCACCCGAAUCGUCCCCUCCGGCGCGGAUGUGGUGACUUUCCCGCUCCGGCCAGCACCACAUGAACGCCCCAAGCCAUGCCUCAAACGUCGACGCCCGGACACGGAUGUCGACGGGCACAACACGGCCUCGCUGGGAUGCAAAAAGCGGCGUCUGCUUCGCAACCUCGUCACGUCGCGCCUCUCGCAGCCGUUCUCGCUUCCGGCCACGCACAUUCUCAACCGGGAGGCCGUCGCGACGGGAGAGACGCGCUUCCUCAAACUGGCGGCCAUCAUGUCGGCGCGGCGGCUCAACAGCGCCGUGGCGGUACACUCGCCGGCCCCGUCGCAGCAGCAGCCCAGCCCGUCCACCUGGCUGCGGCGCGCCGCCGUGAUCAACCGGCUGCGAUCGCGGGUCUGCGCCGAGGCGGCGGAGCGGGGCCACGUGUAUGCUGCCGAUCUCGCGGUCAAAGCCGCCGUGUUCCAACAGGGGGGGCAGCACGGGACGACGACGGCGUCGCUCGGCGGGCGAUACCUCGUCUACUCGUCGAGCCACGGCCCCAGCGCCGUGCAAAGCCCCAGGCCGCCACACUUGGUCCUACCCACAACAGCAGGAGCAGCAGCAGCAGGAGGAGGGGGAGGAGGAGGAGCGUCCGGUGCUCGACCGGGCCUUCUCCACGUACGAGCGGCCCCGACCUUCCCAACAACAACCCCAACACCAACACCAAUACCAACACUCGCAACAACAACAACAACAACAGCAGCAGCAGCAGCAGCAGCAGCAGCAGCAGCAGCAGCAGCAACAAGCGUCCCAUACCCCGCUACCAGCACCAGCACCAGCAGCAGCAGCACCACCACCACAACCACAACAACAGCAACAACAACGACAACAACAACAACAACAUGCCUGCGCAUCCCGAGCCCGCGCCUCCGCCCACUGCGCUCCCCGGAACUGCGCGUCACACGCCCGCUGGUGCCGCUCGAGGAGGUAGUAGACGACCUGCUCGACGGCGCCGACGAGGCAGGGUACGUGGCGUUCCCGACGUCGGAGCACGAGAGCCGGUACGAGGACGAGCCGGAGGAGGUGUACGCUGAUUUCAGUGUCAUUUUUGGCGGCGGCGGGGGCCGCGGCGGGGGGGAUGAUUCCGAUGAGGAGGGGGCUUCUGCUAGGAGUGGUGCAGGUGGGGAUGGAGAGCAUUUCGAGGAUUAUAUGGAUGAUUUGGAUGGGAUUCCGUGGACUAUACGGUGCUGAGGGCUGGUCUGGACUGGGCGGUCAUAAUCUGUUUGUUUGGGUGCUGGGAAGGGAUGGGAA